GGCGGCGGCGGCGGCGGCGGCGGCGACGGCCCGGGUUGAGGAGGAGAAGGAGGAGGAGAGCGGCAGCGGUGUGGGAGGGAGAAAGGAAGGGGAUGUUCCGGGGGCAUCAUGGCCCCUGCCAUGCAGCCGGCCGAGAUCCAGUUUGCCCAAAGACUGGCAUCGAACGAGAAGCUGAUUCGGGAUCGGGCGGCAAAGAAACUGCGCCAGUACAUUAGCGUGAAAACUCAGAGAGUGACAGGUGGUUUCAGUCAAGAAGAACUAUUAAAAAUAUGGAAAGGACUUUUUUAUUGCAUGUGGAUGCAAGAUGAAUCUCUCCUACAGGAGGAAUUAGCUGAUACCAUUUCCCAACUCAUCCAUGUUAUUAACAACUUGGAGGCUCAACACCUAUUCAUCCAGACCUUUUGGAAAACCAUGAAUCGAGAAUGGAAAGGAAUAGAUCAGCAACGUCUAGACAAAUAUUAUAUGCUAAUUCGUUUGGUCCUGAGGCAGUCCUUUGAAGUAUUGAAGAGAAAUGGUUGGGAUGAAAGCCGGAUCAAGCUUUUUCUGGAUGUCUUGAUGAAGGAAAUUCUGCACCCUGAGAGUAAUUCUCCUAAUGGAGUGAAAUUUCACUUCAUUGACAUCUACUUGGAUGAACUAGCAAAAGUGGGAGCGAAAGAGCUUGUGGCAGAUCAGAAUCUCAAGUUUAUUGAUCCAUUCUGCAAGAUUGCAGCUAAAACUAAGGACCAUACCUUGGUACAAACGAUAGCUAGAGGAAUCUUUGAAGUUAUUGUAGACCAAUCCCCCUUUGCCCCUGAAGAUUUAAUGGAAGAACAGAAAACUAAUGGUGACAGCGAGCUGUCUGAGGAAGAAGAAUCUGAUAACGAGUUGACAUCUAAAAAAGCAGUCGUUAAAAAGAAAACAGCAGUAGGCAAAUAUUCAACAAAAAGAGAUGGAUGGAAUGUUGAAGAAGAAAAGGAUAAUGAUGGGACCUCUGAAGACACAGGUCCACUUCUCCAGUUUGACUAUAAAGCUGUUGCUGACCGACUCCUAGAAGUGACCAGCAGAAAAAACAUACCACCCUUCAACAGGAGACGUCUCUCUAAGCUAGUCAAAAAAUUUCAAGAUUUAUCUGAAGGCAUUUUCCCUCAAAUCAGUUUCCCUGAAGACAUUUCUACAGAUGAAGAUGACCACACCCUUAGUCGGGGAAGGCGUAAGAAAAAAAGAAAUAAACUUACAGAGAAAGCCAAGUUAGAAAAAGAAAAAGGGCAGUGCAAGCCAAAGAAAUUCAGUGCAGCUGAAGAAGAAAGUGAAUGCAACCUUCAAAAGAGAAAACGGAGAAAGAAAAAGAAAAAUAAUUCCCACCCUGAAAACUCAGGGUCAGGGGAUGCUUUCAUCCCCCCUGAACCAAAUGGGAACAGUGAACCAGAGCCAUGUAAGAAAAAAGACCCCAAAAAAGGUACCCCAGAGAAUGAAACAGAUACAUCCUUUGGUGUAGCUGAAGAAAGUGGCAUGGAACAUCCCCAAGAUACCAACACGCAAAACAAAAGGAAAAGGCCAAGAAAGAAGAGUUUAAGGGUCCUGGAAGAACUUGCAGAGAUGGGGAUGCCACCUGUCGAGACUGCCGUUCAAAAUGGCCCAGGUGGUACUGCUGCUCAGGAGCCUGUCGCCAGCAGUCCCCCAACAGGUGGGGUCAAAGUUGUGAAAAAGAAGCGGAAACUUGGGGCUCUUACAGUCGGUAGCAAUGGCUUGUCCCCAUUGGUGACAAUUCGAUCAGAGAGGGAAAGUCUGUUAGAUAGUCCUGCUGGAGAAGGAGAUUGCCCACCUCUUCUGACCCAGAGUGUCAGGCUAAAGAAAAAAAAGGGGAAGCUGGACAGUCUUGAGCCAGUUGGCCUGCCCAACCAGAAGGCUGCAUUUCUGAAAAAGAGGAAGAAAAUAAAGGAGGUCUUAGACUUGGUGGAAACUAAUGGAGCCCUGGAGGCUGAACUGAAGAAAAUCCAGGCUACGGGAAGCAGUGCAACUUUCAGCCCACUGAAGAAAAAGAAGCUAAAGACCGAAAAUGACUUUGUGAAAUUUGAAAAUGCAGCCUUACCUAAGCCCUUAUUCUUUAGAAAAUCCAAAAGCAACAUUAAUAUCUCUUCCCCCAGCCCCACCAUUCAGUUGAACAAGCAACCAUCAUCCAGCUCCAAAAAGGGUCACUUUUGGGUUGAACAAAACAUGACUGCAGAAUUCAAGAAGACUGACAAAAGUAUCUUGGUAAGUCCAACAGGGCCCUCCCGAGUAGCUUUUACUGAACAGAAGCCUCUCCAUGGAGUGCUGAAGACACCGACGAGUUCCCCCCCAGAAACUCCCCUUGUGACGAAGAAAUUGCUUAUUGCACCUCCAAAGAGAAGACCAACUGCUAUGGACUUCUUUGAGCAUAGCGAGAUUCUUUUCUCUUUCAGGACUGCUUUUUGUACAGAAUAUUCUGUAAAUUAUAACUUUGGAAAUUUUUGGCCUUUUUAUCAUUAUUAUUUUAUAAAUUCCUUAAAUUGUAUAUAAGAGGUUCUGGUUUGAUCUGUGACACUGCUACUUCACCAUCCCUUCAGUCUAUGGCCAUGGGAGAUGCAUUGUAUAAUAUAUUCUUGCAUUUGGAUUAUAAUUGGUCUUUGGUUGGAUCCUUGGGAAUUUCCCUUUCUUUAGUGUCUUCAGGGAAAGCUAUUAGUAAAGGAACUCAGACUUUUUCUAUUCUGUCUUUUUUUUUCUUUUUUUUUUUUAAGAGUAUAGAACAAAAUCUACUGGCCAGUUGCUGAUUUAAUGGAGUUUUGCUACUAUUAUUGUACAUGUAGUGGUAGCUGAUUGUUUUCUGGUUAUUUAUAGUCCUAAUGAGCUCUGUGCACUUGGCUUUGAGGGGGAAAAAAAUACCACAUCCUGUUGUUAUCCUCAUAUAACCUUUAGAUGUUGGUAGUUUUUGCUGAUAUUAACAUCAUUUCUUUCAAAUUGGGUGGAUUAGCACUACCAUAGUUUGUCGUGAUUGCCCAGUUUAAUAUAGACAGAACAUGUCUCCGUCUCUGUUCCUUGUUUUCCUCUGUCAUCUAUCUUGACUGCACUACUUCCUACCUGCUAGGUAAAUGCCAAGGCCAACCCUCAAAUGACCCUACUGCUGAACUUCAUGAAAAAUGAAUUUACUGAUGUCUUCUGUAUUCUUACAUGGGAUCUCUGUUUCAUUCUUUGUUCUGUUGCAUGUUUUUUUUUAUUAAUCGACUAUUUGAACCAAGGUCUCAUGAUCCUUGAAGUGGCUUUUCUAUAUUACAAUAAGGCAGUGUCUCAUUCUCUUAGAAUCCCAGUGUCUUUCAAGAUGCACAAAACAAGGAGCCUAUGAAGAUUCUGUUUGGGGAUAUUGAUCUUACUUUAUUUAAGAUAUGACCCAAAAUUGUUUGUAAUUAUCUGUUGUUUUAUUUGGUCUCUUUUUUUUUUUCUAGAAUUUAAACAUUUAAGAUUCUAAGAUUUCCCUCAUUUCAGUCAGCCAUCAGCAAUUUCAUUUCUCCAGACUGCAUUUUUAAGCAGGAUUGUGAUAUUCUGUUGAUAAUUCAGUUUUUUAUGAAGGAAACUCUAUCUCUACCCUGCAACUGAACAUGUAAUGACAUAGAGAUUCAGAACAUCUCUUCUUCAAAUCUCCAUAGUUGGGUUAGGGGAGCAAGGGAGAAGAAAAGGAAUCAUUAAGGGCCCUUUCCUGUUGGUUUAUUUUAUAAAAGAUAUACUUCAUGCUUGUCAGGCAGCAACAGAUAUUGAAACAUCAGACAUAUCACAUGUAUUUUUCAUUCUGCUUCAUUGUCAGGGCUCUUCAGAUGACUCCAUGAAUCACAGAAGAUAGAAACUUUAACUUGUAGAGGAGGCCCAAAGAAUUUUGAAAUUUCCACAUUAAACCCUAGGCUCUUCCCUGACUUCACCUCAACUCCAUGAUUGAGUCACCAAGGGUGCUUAAUAUUAUACCAGCUAUGACAGGAACAGCUUUUAAGAAUGACAAAAAUUUUAGAAAUCUGACAUUUUGCUCAGUUAGAUUGAGCAACUACAGUUCUAUAUUUCCUUCCCUUUUUGUUAAUUCACAUAAUCAAUAACUGAACCAACAUUUUUAAACUGAUGAGUUUGCUUUUCUGAUUGCAUAGAUUUACCAUAUUUAAGCCAUGAAAAAACUAGUUGAUAUUGUGCUUUUUUUUAUCUUGUUUUCUUUGUAGUAACAAUUCUCUUAUGUUACUACAUAUAGAUUAAUAGUUUUUGUUGUGGAAAAUGCAUGUGUUUUUUUAACAUAUUAUUCUAUGUGCAUUUGGUUGUUGUAUUCAAGAAAAUAGCCGAGAUGUAUUGGAAAAGAUUGGAUUUUGGAUGUUCACAAACAAAAUUAGUUUUAAUGUUACUUUUUAAGUUAAUUUUCAAACUCUUAAUCAAAUUGCCUUUUUAAAAGAGCAUCCAAUUUUUUAUUAAGCGCUGAGAUCCUGAAUCCUUACCACCAGAUGUUUCUUUUUAGCCCCAAAAUACUUUUUAAAAAAAGAGGCAAGAAAUUCUAAGAUUAAAAAGAAGGCAUGGUUUUACAGUGAUUAGUGAUUUUUUUUUCCUUCACAGAAUUGAAGGCUUGAAUUAAACUGUCAUCUAUCUGACUGUGGUAUUGUUGUAAUAACUUGUAAAUAUGCCUGUAUCAAAUAUAAAUUGUCUCUUGUCAUAGAUGAAUAUUUCCAAGGGAUAACACUGAAUGCCUUUAGUUGACUUUAUCUUCAACCGUAAUUUGUUUCAUAUUGUGAAUAAAUUGAAAAGGUUUAUUCCUAGGAUCUUGGGGGUUUUUUGUUUUUUUUGUUUUGUUAAAUGUGAACACAAAGGAAGGAGACAAGUACCAUUUACUUUGAAAGCCCCUUGUACACCCAAGAAAUGUGUCAUCUAAAGAAAAAGUAUUUUGAAAAUCACAGCUUUCGUUUAAGUAUAUGUUAUGUUUAUAGAGAAAAUUGCCAAGAAUACUUAAAAAGGCCAAAAACAGGAAAUGACUAAUGUUGGUAACCUUGAAUUACAGUUUUUUGUAAAGGGUCGUUAUUUUUCACAGUCUGGUCAAUUUUGUACAAUUUUGUAUCAGACUCUUCUUAAGAUUUAUAAUCAUUUGUAAUUUCUAACUGGACUGAAAGCACAAAGGGAAGAGUUAAUAGGAAAUCUGGAAGAAGUUGGUUGUAAGUGUUGAAAAAGUAUAAAAUUGGAUUUAAUUUUAAUCGUGUGUGUUUCUCUGUAUUUUUAUUAUGCUAGCAAGGACUAUGUUUCUUUACUGUAAGUUUGUAUUAACAGCUACUGUAUUAACAGUGUUUGUCCAAUGUGGUAUUUCAAUAAGAAAGUCACAUAGCCAAAUCCAAUAAAAUGAGUCUUUACUCUGAUGGGUUUUGUGUUUAGUGAUGAGAGUCAGUACUUUCAUCCUUAAAAACCAAUUACAGUGCAUAAUAAAGGUUUAUUUUUUAAUAUAUACUUAAUAUCAAAAUGUAUAUAUUAGGAGAAUGGUUGUCAGUCCUUUCUAUAUUUGACAACAUGAAGUACCUGCUGUUUCAUACAAUUGGGUAUGCUAGUAAAUAUUUAAUAACUGGCUCUUUGAAAAACAAUGUCUGCAGGACACACCUUUAAAUUUUAAUCUGCCCAAUUACAAUUUUCUCCAUCACUAGGGAAUCAUCAAAACAAUUUGUAGCAUUUGCUGAUUUCUGAGAUACUAACAGUUUAACAGUUCUCCAGAAUAUUGGUAGGUUUUCAGUAGAGAACAAAUCCCAAAACCUGGAAUAUCUUUGAAAUAAUUUUAUUGGGUCACUGGCAAAGGAGAAAAGCCUGAAAAAGAGAAUUCUUUGUGAGAUUACAUUUUAGAGAGUUCAGACAAGCAGAAGGACAAUCACUUGAUUCAUCACAAGUAGGCAGUUAGGCAGCCAGAGAUAUCCUUCAACAGUAAGUAUAAACAUUCAAGAUAACAUAAGUUUUUGAUGGACCUAAAACAGUAUCUGGGUGAGAUCUAAGCAUUCCCUGCAACCAUAUGACUUCCCAUGAAUAGUAGUCUCUCAGAGCUCAACCUGAGUUGUACUACAAUCUUUGGAUUACUCAUUUUCUAACCACAUGGUUCAAACGGUAUUAAUAAAUAAUGGCAUUUUCCCCACAGGAACCCAUAUGAUCUGGAACAAUACGCCUUUCCAUGCAUGUAAUUUUGUAAAAUUACUCUAAACAUAGAACUAAAGAUUGAUGCAAGGGGCAUGGCCCAGGGGGACAUGUGUCAGCGUAGGAUCACACUUUUUUGGCUCUCUGGCAGAUGACUUAAUAAACUUCUCUGUAAAUUAUUUCAGUUCUGGGUUUUCUUCUCUGCCCAACCAAGGCUCUAACCCAGAGGUGUCAAAACAUGCUGUGCCAACAGAACCAGAUGAAAAUGUAAUUGGGAAAUAUUUAACAA